AUGUUAGUUGAUCUCAGCCUGGGCCUGCUUCUUGCCUCCCACCGCCGUGAGGAACCAGUGCAGGUCAAUGGGGAAGAGGUCCUCCUGCACCUUCACCACCAGGCUGAUCUCACUGGUCAGCAGGUUCUAUCUUUGGAUCUGGUGGUCCUCACUGCAGGAGUACAACUCGUCUGCAGUGGUGCAGCCCACACAGCUCACAAGCUCUUUGUGUGUCCAGGUGUUAAGGAGGACAAUGAAAUCGUGACAGCCAAAACGUCGAAAAGUAGAACUACUUCCAAGCCAAGAGGGAAAGGGUCGCAGCCUCGGGAUGACUCCGGAGGCGAGUUGGACGUACCCCAUAAAGAAGCGAACUCCAAUGGCCAAGAGGCUCCGCGGACAAAUGCUCCGGCUCCUGGGGAGGGUGCCGAGGCUGUUGAUAAUCGAGGUUUGGAGGAGAUUCUUGGUAGCAUCCCUCCACCCCCGCCCCCAGCAAUGACCAAUGAACCAGGCGCUCCUUGCUUGAUGAUUACACAUAUAUUUAAUCAGAACGUCAAAUCCUGUGCCGGCGAGCAGAUUCUGGGCCCUUUCCAUAAGUGUUUUUCUUGUAUUAUUGGUCCAAAUGGCAGUGGGAAGUCCAACAUGAUAGAUUUAGGCUAUAGGGCUCAAAAAAUCAGAUCCAAAAACUCUGUGCUGAUUCACAGCUCUGACCAGCACAAGGAUGUGCAGAGCUGCACUGUGGAAGUGCAUUUUCAGAAAAUUACUGACAAGGAAGGAGAUGACUACGAAGUCAUCCCCAACAGCAAGUUCUAUGUUUCCAGAACUGCCAGCAAAGACAAUUCCUCGUCCUACCACAUCAAUGGCAAGAAGGCCACUUUCAAAGAUGUGGGGACUCUGCUGCGUAGCCAUGGCAUUGACCUGGACCACAACAGAUUUUUGAUUUUACAGGGUGAGGUGGAGCAGAUAGCCAUGAUGAAGCCCAAGGGGCAGACUGAGCAUGAUGAGGGCAUGAUGGAAUACCUGGAGGACAUCAUUCCUUCUUGCCGCCUGAAGCAGCCCAUCCACACCCUGAGGUGACGUGUGGAGCUCCUCAACGGGGAGAGAAGAGGGGCCUGUUUCACUCUAAACAGGGUCAGAAUGGUGGAGAAGACUGCUCUGGAGGGAGUGAAUAACACAGCCGUGGAGUUCCUCACUCUGGAGAAUGAUAUUUUCUAACAAAAGAGCCAGCUCUGCCAGUACUAUGUCCAUGACUUCCAGAAGAGAGUGGCAAACAAAGAGGAGGAGAAGCAGAGGAUCCAAGACGACACCAAGGAACUAGAGAAGAACAACAAUAUCGCUGAAGAGAUGAAGAACCAAGAUCUGAAAAAUGUGGAGAAGAAACAAGGCAAGCUGACCAAGUACAAAGAGUUCCAGCAGGAGAAGUUUACCCAGCUGGACCUGCAGGAUGUGGAGGUCUGAGAGAAACUGAAGCACACCAAGAAACUACAGAAAGAACUUGAGAAGGACAAGGAGAAGCUAGAGGAGGUGCGUAACGUGCCGGCCAGCAGUGAGAAGAUCAUCUCUGAGGCGUCCGCUCGCAGGGAGGUGUUGGAGAAGGAGAAACUGAAGGAAGUGAUGGAGAGUCUGAAGGAGGAGACCAGCGGCCUGCAGCAGGAGAAGGAUAUUAUGGCGAAGGAGCUGAGUAAGUCUGUGAACAAGAUACGAGACGAGUCUGAGCUGGACAUCUACCUGAGUCGCCACAACACCGCUGUGACCCAGCUAAACACGGCCAAGCAGUCCCUGCAGAUCGCCUCCGACACACUGCGAGACCGCCGCGCCGCCAUCAAAGGGCUGCAGGUCAAGAUACCCCAGUGUGAGCAGGAGCUCCAGAAGGAUAAGGCGGAGCUGGAGCAGCUGCUGCAAGCAGAUGGUCAGACCAGGGAGCUGGUGAGGGACAUGAGGCAGAAGGUGGAGGAGGCCAAGAGCUCCCUGUCCUCUAACCGCAGCAGGGGGAAGGUGCCGGACGCCCUCAUGCAGCAGAAGAGGAGCGGCAAGAUCCCCGGCAUCCUGGGGCGACUAACUGUGUUCUUGUCCUGACCGGGUGUUCUUGGGGCCAUCGAUUAGAAGUAUGACAUCGCCAUCUCAUCCAGCUGUGGCUCUCUGGACAACAUCCUGGUGGAAAGCAUCGAAGCCCAGGAAUGUGUCAACUUCCUCAAGGACCAGAAUAACGGAUUGGCCACCUUUAUUGACCUGGGCAAGAUGAAGGUGCGGGAGAAUAAGAUGGGGCCCAUCUCCACCCCAGAGAACAUCCCCUGCCUGUUUGACAUGGUGCGGGUGCAGGAUGAGAGUAUGAAGCCAGCCUUCUACUUUGCCCUGAGGGACACCCUGGUGGCCAAGGACCUGGAGCAGGCAACACGGCUCGCCUUCCAGAAGGACAAACGCUGGCGAGUGGUCACCAUGCAGGGACAGAUCAUAGAGAUGGCUGGUGGAGGGAGAGUGAUGCGGGGCAGGAUGGGCUCCUCCAUCGGCACUGAGGUCACCCAGCAGGAGCUGGACUGUAUGGAGAGCAAGUUGAUUGAGAAGGUGGUGCAGCUGCAGGGCUGCCAGAAGUGGAAGCUGCAGCUGGAGGAGAAAGUCCAGAGACUCUUACAGCAGCUUAGAGACAUGAAGAACACCCUGGAGAAAUACACCAACAACAUGCAGAGCUUGGCAGAGCAGGAGGCUCACCUGAAGCCUCAAAUUAAAGAGCUAGAUGACAAUGUCCUGGCUGCUAACCCCAACAGGAACAAACAGAAACAGUUGGAGAAGACCCUGAAGGACUUCCAGAAAGCUUCCAGUAAGGCAGGGAAGGUGGAGAGGCUCCACACCCUCAUUGUAGACAUCAACAGUCACAAGCUGAAGGCCCAGCAGGACAAACUGGACAAGGUCAACAAGGAGCAGAUGGACACCUCCAUCACCGAACACACCAACAAGAUCAAACACUAUGAGUCCCGUCCUCCCCGGGCCUCUAAGCUCUCCCUUCACGCCAUUGAGGAUGACCUGGCGGCCACCAAGGGGCCUGGCGUUAUCACCAACCAGAUCUCCCUGAUGCAGGCCCGCUGUGCCCAGAUGAAGCCCAACCUGGGAGCCAUCGCAGAGUACAAAAAGAAGGUCCACACCCAGCUCUCUCUAGGAGGAACUGUACAUGAGCAGGAUGAGAUCAGAGACAACUUUAAGCGUGGAUGUGAGGACCUGUGCAAGCAGAGGCUCAACGAGUUCAUGGCUUGCUUCAACAUCACCAACAAGCUGAAGGAGAACUACCAGAUGCUGACACUAGGGGGUGACGCUGAGCUGGAGCUAGUCAACAGCCUGGACCCCUUUGAGGGCAUCAUAUUCAGUGUGCGUCCCCCUAAGAAGAGCUGGAAGAAGGUUUUCAACCUGUCUGGAGGAGAGAAGACCCUGAGCUCUCUGGCCCUGGUGUUUGCUCUGCACCACUUCAAGCCCACGCCCCUCUACUUCACGGAUGAGAUUAAUGCAGCCCUGGACUUCAAGAAUGUCUCCAUCGUGGCCUGUUACAUUUAUGAGCAAACCAAGAAUGCUCAGUUCAUCUCCCUGAGGAACAUGUUUGAGAUUGCUGACCGUCUGAUCGGCAUCUACAAAACCCACAACACCACCGAGUGGGGGAAUCAACUCGAAAACCAUUGUCUUCAAACAGACAAUCUCAGCUUAGAACAGCAGUGACUCUGGUUUCCCCCCUGAGCCACUCCUAGUAAGACAUAGAAAUAUUAAAUAUAGGUCUCUUUAAGUUUCCUUUUCUUUCACACAUGUAUAUAAAACCAUGGCUUUAAUCUAUUCUUAUGUCAGUCUAUUUUACUGAUGAAGCUAAUAAAUAUUUUAUCACCUGU